AUGCGUAGGGACUUUUGCCAAAUUUUGAAAAGACUGGAUCAUUUUAUGGUUUCGGAUAAUUGGUUCAAUUUGGGUCAGGAUUUUGUGUCCUCAAUUCUCCCCUUUACUGGCUCUGAUCAUUUCCCUAUUCAGUUUUCUAUUUUCGAGGAUAGGGCUCCUAGAAAGUUACCUUUCAAGUUUGAGCCAAUGUGGUUUAGGGACCAAUUGUUUUUGCCUUCCUUAAAACAUUGGUGGUAUUCAACUCCAUUUUUUCCUGGGUCGCGGAUGUUUCAACUUGUUAAGAAACUGGGCUUUUUAAAGUCAAGGAUUAAGGAUUGGAAUGUGAUGCAUUUUAAGAAUAUUUUUGGUGAAAAGGCCAGGAUUCAAGAGGAAAUUGAGCAGCUUAAUGAAAGCAUUGUUGCUUCAGGGUUGUCUCUUGCAAUAUAUGAUAAGCUAAAGUUGUUGAACCUGCAAUUGAAUGAGGAUGAUAUAGCCGCUGAAGCUGUAAGGUUCUUUAAGUCUCUUCUUUCAGUGGAGCCAGUGGUGGUUGAUGAUGAGUUUGUAAAUUCGAUCCCCCCUUUAGUUUCCCCUGAGGAUAAUAGGUUGCUUAUGGCCCCCUUUUCGUUGGCUGAAUUGAAAGAGAUAGUCUUUUCCAUGCAUCCAGAAAAGGCUCCGGAGCAGGGUGGUUUUGUGCCUGGACGGGAAAAUCCUGAAGGUGCUAUUGUAGUGCAUGAAAUCCUGCACUCCAUAUCCCAGCAAAAGGUCCCAGCAAUGAUUCUUAAACUAGACAUGCUUAAAGCCUAUGAUCAUGUUAAUUGGCAGUCCCUAGUGGUGGUCUUGUAUCGUUUUGGGUUUUCGCAUAGUUGGGUCAAGUGGGUCUUUUCAUGUAUAUCCUCUGUUCGCUUUUCAGUUUUGAUUAAUGAAGCAUUGAGCAAGGCUAUAUCUAAUGCUACGGCUUCGGGUCUAUGGUCAGGUAUCAGAGUGGAUGGCCUCCCUUCUUCACAUUCUCAUUGUUUAUUUGCUGAUGAUACACUUAUGUUUGGGAUGGCUUCUAUGAGGGAAGCUCGAGUUAUUAAGAAAAUUAUUUCUGAUUAUGCUGCCUUUUUUGGUCAAAAGGCGCCUUCUCAAGUCAUUAAGAAGAUUAAGGUUUCCCUCAAGACGUUCCUUUGGAGUGACAACUUAGGAGGACAAACAAAGAUCCCUCUUCUUGCUUGGGAUAAAAUAUGUCAUCCCAAGGAGGUGCGGGGUGUGGGUAUCCGCGACCUAGUUAUUCAGAAUGAAGCAUUAGGGACAAAAUUGAUUUGGAAGUUAUAUGCAAACCCCCAAAGUAAAUGGGCUUUCAUCAUGCUCGCCAAGUAUUUAAGGGGAGCACCCAGCGAAAGGAUUUUUACUGCAACAUCCCUUCCAAAGGGCUCUGCGUUUUGGAAAUUUUUGAUUUCUUGUAGGGAGGUGAUCUUACCACAUUUAUCUUGGGUGGUCCAUAAUGGGAAAAAGGCUCAUUUUGGGGAUGAAGUUUGGAAUGGGCAUCCUGCUCUCUCAGCUAUUCGUGACUGGUCCCCUUUACUAGAUAUUUUGUCGGAUCUUUGGGGACCUUUUGUUGCAGAUUAUUUCAACAUUGUCACCUCAGGUCCAUGUUUAGUGGCUAAAUGGAAGGAUAUCCCUCCCCUAUCUAUUAAUAAUGAUAUUAUUUUAACUUUUAUAGAAGAACUUCGUAAAAGACCUUUACUUUUCCAUAUGAAGGAGGACUCUUUGGUUUGGGUUAAAAAUGCUACAGGUUCCUAUUCAGUUAAAGAGGGGUACAAUUCUUUGGUUCAGGCCCCCUUGCCAUCUUGUUGGCCUACUAAGCUUUUUUGGCAUCCUGCUUGUCUUCCAAAGGCAGGGGCUUUUGCUUGGUUGGCAGUCCAAGAUAAAGUCCUUACUGGAAUGCGGUUGGAUAGACUUGGGAUUACAACAGUUUUUCCUUGUGUUUUCUGUGGUUAUUGUAUGGAAUCGAUGGAUCACCUUUUCUUGCUAUGUCCUUUUGCCUCUAAUUGUUGGUAUUGGUUGUUUGAUAUGUUAGGAUGGUCUUCUUCUCUCUGUCCAAAUCUACUUUCACAAUUUAUGUCAUGGCCCUUGUUGUUUCCCUCUUCGUUCUAUUCAUCUCUUUGGGUUGUCGCUCCAUCUCUGCUGAUUUGGAAUCUUUGGCUUGAAAGGAAUUCAAGAAUCUUCAAACAUAAAUCCUCAUCUUUGACAGUCAUAAUUGGUAAAGUUCAAGCUUCCAUUAGUGAAGUGGUGCUUGCUUUCAUUCAUAGAAAUUUAGAUCAUCUCAGGUCCUUUUCUCAUUGGGAUAAUUGGGUCACUUGGCGAUGGUCUUUACUUCAUUUGAUGCCUUCUCAUGGGGUUAUAACAGAUGGAGUUUCUUCGACUCUUAAGCGCAAGAUGGCUAAAUGGAGUCCUCCUCUUUUUCCUUCAUUCAAACUUCAGUUUGAUGGGGCCUCUAAGGGUAAUCCGGGGAGGUCUAGGGUUGGGGUAAUUAUUUUUCAUCACUCCUCAAAGAUCAUCAAAGCAGUGGGUAAAUAUAUUGGUCAUGGCACUAAUAAUGCGGCUGAGUUCCAGGCCUUAUCCUUUGGACUCGAUCUUGCUCAUUCUUUAAACAUUAAGGACAUUGUUAUUGAAGGUGAUUCAAUGCUGAUGGCUCCUUAUCUUGUUGUUGUUGUUAUGGCUUUUGCUUUGGAUUCUUUUAUGGAUAGGCCUCUCCCUGAUUCCUGA